AUGCAUUUCACUAAAGCCAUCCAGGCCGCCUUUGUGCUGGCAGUCUCCCUUCCUGUGAACGCAUGGAACAGACUUGACAAAGACAACGCUGCUCUUCUUGUCAUUGAUCACGAGGUUGGUCUGUCUAUGCUCGUGCGUGACUACAGCACCAAUGACUUCCGUAACAACAUCCUCGCCCAUGCCGCUCUCGGAAAUGUCUUCAACCUGCCCACUGUCCUGACUACCUCUUCUGACUCCGGUCCCAACGGAUUGAUGCUCAAGGAGAUCAUGGAUAUGCACCCUAACGCGACCCUAGUCCGUCGCCAAGGCGAGGUCAAUGCCUGGGACAACAAGGACUUCCGUGCUGCUGUCAAGGCCCUCGGAAAGAAGCAGUUGAUCAUUGGUGGAAUUGUGACUGAAGUCUGCACCUCAUUCCUGGCCCUUUCUCUCAUCGAUGAGGGAUACGAGGUCUACGCCAACACUGAUGCGAGUGGAACCUUUGACACUCGUCUUGCUGCAGAUGCCAACCGCCGGAUGGAGAAGGCCGGUGUCACUCUCAUGGGUCUCUUCGCCAUCGCUUGCGACCUCAUGCGUGACUGGAGACACACCCCUGGCCUGACCGAGCUGCUUCCCUUCCUCGACAAGUAUCAAUUCGCCUACGGCCUGGUUGCCCGUCACCAUGCUGGUUCCAUCGUGAAUGGCACCCUUGCUGCCAUCGAGGAGACAUUGAUCUAA